GCGCAAGCGACAGUGUGCAAAGAGGGACGUCAGUAUGGAUGGGUGGCAGGCGGUUUGCAGGUCUGCAGGGGGUGAGGGUGGUGGCCAACGGGCCGGGCAGAGCCCGUCUAGAGGUUCAAGGGCAGUGGAGCGGUCGGAGUACGCGCACCUGCCACCGCACUUGCAGCCUUUGCCGGACACAUCGGACGAGGAGGAGGACCACAGACAUUCACGUGCCGUGCCGCUGGGAAGCGGGUCUACGAAGGAGUGGAAGGCCACAGAGCUUUGUGGAGGCCACGAGCCCAGUUGCAGGCAGUCGUACACCCAGCUCCUCCGGCAGGGCCUGAGCGGCGACAAAGGAGAUGCAGGCGUGAAUCUGACGUUCGGUCUGUGCAGUGGGAGGUCGUCGUCUUUGACACGGACAGUGCUAGUCGACAACCAUCUCGAUGACGACGGCGGCCAGGUGACGGCUGUUGCACGACCGUCGAAGUCUCCAUCGUCCACGGUCCGCGUGGCAUCGGGGACCAACAGGGAUCCUCGUACGCAGCAAUACAGGGCGCCGUCUACUUCAAGGGGUGCCUCUGCUCGGCCGUCGUGGAUGUUGUCCCCGUCUCCCCUGUCCGACAAUUCGAGUGCGGCUCGCAAUCGGGGGGGGGGGGCGGGGAGCACGAUUGMGGGAUCGAGRAAAGAGUUCACAGGGAAGGAGUGUGUGUCGAAGGGCUUCAGUUUCAACAUGGAUCGUGCGGUUUACGACGAGAUUCUGGGGUCGACUGCCAAGAGCCACACCAUUAACCCCAAAAACGUCGCAGACACUGGUGCUCCGGGGGGUGUGCGUCUACCGUCGGCGAAUUCUGCUGAUCCGGAGUCUGUCGGGGAUCGGGACGCUGCUGUAGGGCUGGACGACGACGACGACGGGUUGAGGAGAGCGCGCGCUGCGGAAGUGCCAAAGGCAAGCGCCGCAACGGCGGGUGGUGCGUCCUUGGCUGGUGAAGGGGGGAGGUCAGGCGGGGCCGCAACUGUGGGGGCUUCGCAUGCGGUGGAAGGAGCCAGAGCAAGUGGGGGGAAUGCUGGCGAAGGGAGCAGGGCAGGCGCCGUCGCUGGAGUCGGGGAGGACAAUGAAGCGUUGGCGAACAGGGUGCGCCAGCGCAGCGCGCGUGAAGGGAUCGGCGCGGCGUCCAAACUGUGGGUGGACGACAUUCGUUUUUGGAACGAGACGGAGGGAAACGCCAUUGUCAAGCUCAUGCAGGAAGUGCGGUUGUAUCUUGUGGCGGUGGCGCGGGGKGKGCAGCCUCCUGCGAUUCGACGCAGCAUCGUCCUGCCACACACCACCAUCCCGCAGCACAAAAUUGACGACGAAUCGGAGCUCAGCGCUACGCAAGAUAGGGCGUUGAAGGUGCAGACCAUCGCUCUGCGGGUGAUCCACGGGUGGGUGUUCAAGUCCGCGAGCAGGCAACGGGGUUACCAUGCUGCGUACGGGUAUGCGCUGAACCAUGCGGCGACUGACAUCGCGCAUACGAUCUGGAUGGGGGAAGACUGGCGUGUGUGUGUGAGCCCCAUGGUUUUCCACACUACGCUUGACAUGGACAUGAAGCUGCCACUGUGGUUCGUCGGUGCUUACAUCGAAGACAGGCACGAGGACGACGAGUUGGCGGUGUAUCAGGAAGCGAGCGUCCAGAGACUGGUGGGUGCGUUCACGAGCGCCGUGAGCACGGCGGAGGGAAUCGAAGGCGGUCGGGUGUCGCAUGAGAGGCUGAAGAGCAUAGCCGAGGCAAUGCGGGUAAUGCUCGCCACGACGAUGUGGCUUAUGCGGAUGGGCAGUGACGAUCGUCGCGCCCAUUACGACGCGUGGGUAUUCGUCCAGCUGACGACGAAACCCACAUUAAUCGCAUCCAUGCAUCGCUCGUUUGACGCGCGUCGCCACAUCGUGCAGGCCACAACUGCCAUCACGGACAAACGGGCGAAACCCCCGAUCACCUUGCUGGCCCCUCCAGUGUACAUCCCAGACUGGGCGUUAAUCGGCGUGAAAUUAUCGCACGACGCCACUUUGUCUUCCCCAAUGGAGGCUCAAAAGCUCGAUUGGUUGGGCGCAGGGCCACCGGAAGACGGCGAUGACGCCGCUGUCAACGACGAUAUGAGCGCGGGGGGUUCAUGAUGCCUUUGGGUGUGCAGGGAUAGGUUUGAUGAGGUGGGUGCAUGUGUGCACUUUCGUGUAGAAUUAGAACAGGGUGUGCGCCAGGGUUUGCUGCUACUGCGGACGACGUCGGUGGUCGUUGGGGGUGGACGUUUCUAUGUUCGGUGUCACAACAACAAACGCAUUCGGGUUGG